ACUCUCACCUUUAUUGAAUUUUUUCUACAUCAGAUCAUCCAAACUUCAAUUCAAAGUUUAUUAGCCCCUGGGGGAAAUUUGUUCAACACAGCACAACACAACAAAACAGUGAGAACAAACAUUACAAAAAUUACACUACAACAGUGUUUAAUUAUGCACUAUCCUUUAAUCUUAGUAUACAACUGAUAUUCACAUUGCUUUUGAAUAUGUACACUACAUAAUAUUAAAAUUCUGCUCUGCAGGUGUAGUUUUCAAAUGUGGUAGAUUGUGUAGAAAAUACAUGAAUAUAUAUGGCAAAUAAAACAAUUGCCUGAUAAACUCAUUAACUAUUGCAUAUUAAACAAAAUGAAUUUACAACAGAGCAACUACACAUCUUUAACAAGACUGCAAUAUUACAAAAAUAAUAGAUCCUGCUGAAAAAUAUGCAAUAGCUUAUUUACAUUGUUAAAUGUGUUCAAUUAUAUUUGAAAAUCCUAGAAUAUGAUAGAAGAUUAUAGCACGUAUAUAAAUGAAAGAACAAUCUGGGGUAUUAUUUUUUUUGACGACGUAGUAAUUUAAAGCCCAUUAUUCGUGGUAUUUGAAAGGCAGCGGCUGUUUUUGAUUUAUUCAAUACACUUUUGCUCCACCAUGUGGCCAGAAAUGUAAUUUCAUCAAAGAAAUGAGAAGUUCCCCUGUGUAACGUCUUAUUUCUUUCUAUCUACAGUGAUUUCUUCAAUACCAAAGUUAUUUUUUUCUUAGUUUUUCACAUGAUGCGACUGUUACAUAAAAUAACAGAAGAUACACCCUGGAGUCUAGUGCAAUUUAAACCUACAGAAAUUAAGAUCACUUUCAAGAGCAAGUCAGCUCUAUCAAAAUGGGGAAAACGACAAAUACGAAAUCCCGUAUUGUUGUAUUGAUAAUAAAACCACGGCUGUGUUAUAAAAGGGGGGAUACUUAUUUAAUGAUACGCGUUUGAAUACAGCUCUGCUGCAGGGGUGCCUCGAAGUGUUAUCUAGUCAAUAACACGUAACGUCGUUUGUAUUUCACCCCCUUUAUACUACUUUUGCAAUGGCCGUUCUCACACUAGAGACGUCUUACGCGUUCUUUUUUUCAUCCAUCAUCAUUACAGAGAUAUUAUGUGGUAAGUUAAUUUUGAUAGCAGUCGAAAUGACCACGACUCUGCUCCGUUUCUGCUCCGUGCCACAGUUUGCCCCUAACUUCUGGGCAGUGACAAGAAGUCUCUUAUUACAUGUUUGUAGGGGGCGGGGAUUUUGUGUGUUUCUGCUACAGGGAUACCAAGAUGGAAAUCCAGGGGCUUUUCGCAGCCCAAAACAUACAUCAACAACAUGGCGUCUCCUGUAGGACAGACCAGCCUCAGCCGACCACAGUCAAAAAUGUUUUCAGACAUUCCAGUUCAACCGACUGGGGAAAAGAACAGGAAUCGCACCAACCGGAGGACGGCAACAAAAGACCAGGGACCUCUCCAUUUCGACUGCAGGCAGAAAAUGGCAGCGGUUUUGUUUCUAGUCCUAGGCACAACCUUACUGUCAACACAUCAGCACCGACUUAUGCGGCGAUCGGGCUUCGUAACGUGAGUAAUCUGCAGUCAUCGGGUGGCAAGGAGCAAGACGGCCGGGAAGCGGGGCUCAAGGGUGACUUUGAGAUCGAAGAAAGCGGGCUGUAUCUGGCCUUUCCUGUGCUGCUGUCGGAGGAGUGCGGCUCGCAGCAGCCGCCGCCUCAACCGCAGGUUUUACGACAGCUGCAAGAUGGCGCCACCCUGCCGCAGCCAUUGAUGUGCGAAAGUGCAGCCGCUCUGAAUCCCUCCAGCAAAGAGAACGAAGAAUUCUACGUGGUUUUCAACAUUGUCCAGGACGGGGAGAGCAGCAGCUGUAAAGAAAAUGGGCGCUCCCUCGCCUUAACGAGAGAGACAGAGGACUCGCCGAAGGGAACCAAGGACGCCGUGAUGGAAACGCAGGCUUGCACGAUCGCCCCAGAAGAAAAAAUGCCAAACCCCGCAAGCCCCAGGAAAUCCUUCGCCCCUCUCAAUCUGUCGUGCAACAACGAAGGAAGUUGUGAAGUGGAGCGUGGGACGGGAGUAAAUGCGAAAGGGCGCCUGGGUUUCGGUUACGAUUCGGGGGUGAUAAGCGUUAUGGCAAACGCGAACAAAGGUAACCCGCCGUACCAGGCAUCGGAUAAAAGUGAGCAGCACGCAGCGGGCGAUUUCCCCCAGCCGCCAAGCAGGAGCCAUGAUUUGAUUUCUGACGCCGCCGCCUUCACGGAUACCGUUCCGUUAAAUGACCGGCCCUGCCAGGCGGGGGUGGAAAACGGCCAGGACGGCGUUCCCGACUUCCCCGGUCCGCACAACGGCGGAGGGGGCUCCCCGGACGAGUCGUUUUCGGGAACCAUCAUGAUCAAUAACCAAAGCAUUAUCGUUACCAUAGAAAACGGGGUUUUGACUCUGGCCACGCCUCCGUCGUCCGGCCACCACAGGGACGACGCUUUUGUGAACCUGAAGGAACAGCUGGGCAUGAAAGACAGCCAGGACAUCGUGCUGAUAAACUACGACAAUGCGGCCAAAACGAGCGACAAAGCGCCGGGCCGACAUAACGCCCCCGGGGUGAGUUCCGCGCAGUUUGAAGAGACGAGACCCAGCUUGUCUGUGACCGAUUCGGGGCUGGGUUUAAAUGGAGACUGCUCUAUUUCGGAUCCCAAUUCCACGCUGGAUUCGUGCGGAUCCGGUAAGGACCAGGAUGAGCGCACCUUAUGUCCCCUGGACGAGACGGAUAUUGUCUGCCCGGACUCGAGAGACGGACAGCAGGGGUGCUAUGUCGUCACGGACAGCGGGGAAUUGCAGAUGAAGCUGGGCGACGGCAGGUCGAUGAUGUCAAAGAAAGGGGUGCUGGUGAUGUACCACUGCACGCAGCUCAACUGCAGCAAGACGUUCGACACCAAACACAAGCUCAAAAUACACUUGCUGUCUCACACAGAGGACCAGAGGCCUUUUAAAUGCACGGUGGAAGGGUGCGGGUGGUCCUUCACCACCUCGUAUAAACUCAAACGCCACCUCCAGUCCCACGACAAAGUGCGGCCUUUCACGUGCGAGUGGGAGAACUGUGGGCGAAAGUUCACCACCGUGUACAACCUGAAAGCCCACAUCAAGUCGCACGACCAGGAAAACACGUUUGCGUGUGAGAUCUGCAGCGAGCGCUUCCGAACAGCUACCAAACUCAGCAAUCAUCAAAGAACUCACUUCGAGCCCGAGAGACCUCAUAAAUGUGAAUUUCCAGGGUGUGAAAAGACUUUCAUCACAUUCAGCGCACUGUAUUCUCACAAUCGCACACACUUCCGGGAAAUCGGCCAGUUCUCCUGCACGUAUCCCGGCUGUGACAAGCGAUAUGACAAAGCCUGUCGGUUAAAAAUUCACAUGCGAAGCCACACAGGUGAACGACCUUUUGUUUGUGACUUUGAGGGAUGCGGUUGGUCAUUCACUAGUAUGUCCAAGUUGCUGAGACAUAAAAGGAAGCACGACGACGAUCGCCGGUUCACCUGCAAGGAGGAGGGUUGUGGCAAGUCGUUUACUAGGGCAGAGCACCUGAAGGGCCAUAGUAUCACCCAUCUCGGAACGAAGCCCUUUGAGUGUCAAGUAGAAGGUUGCUGUGCAAAAUUCUCCGCUCGGAGCAGUCUUUACAUCCAUUCAAAGAAGCACCUACAGGAUGUUGAAACAUUAAAAACUCUCUGUCUAGUCUCAAGCUGUAACAAGCAGUUUACAUCCAAAAGCAGCAUGAAGAGCCACAUGGUUAAGCAUCACAAUUUUAGUCCAGAUCUUCUGAACCAGCUGGAGAUGAGCAGCUCUUUAACCCCAAGCAAUGAACUGACCAGCUCAGGCCAGGGUGACCUGGGCAACAUAGACAUCACCUCCCUGUUCUCCAGUGUGCCCACCAGCAACCCAGGCAUUGCCAUGGACAUGUCGUUGGUGAACUCUGGCAUACUGACAAUUGAUGCUGCCUCUGUAGGUGCCACCCUUGGUGGAAGCAUUGCUGUCAACAAUACCCCGUUGGCACAGGCUGUGGACCCUCUUAUUCUGACAGCGGGCGGCGACAUCACUCACGGAUUGGACAGCUCCCUGGCUAUGGGCUCUAACAGUGGUGUCCUGCCACAGGGCACCCUGAAUCUUGAAGACGUGCAGACUGUCAACCCUGAAGCCUUAGGCUCCCUGGCAGCCCUCUCGAUGCGGACCCCUUCCCAGGAUCCUCUGCAGGGGCUCGGCUCCUCCAGCACCCUGACCAUCGACACGGCCACGCUCACCCCCUCUAGCAGUCUGGCAGCCAGCCACGUGCCCGAGCUGCUCACACCCACCAAGGUGGACCGCAGCCUGCUGAGCGGCUCGGACGUCAUUGGGCAGCAGGAGGGCAGCAAGGUGGUGACGCAGUUCGUCUUCUCCAGCCCCACGGGCAGCUACAGUGCCCAGAGGGAUGUGGAACUCAAUGCUGUGUCGGGCAGCACUUUCCUGGAGAGUGGCGGUUCAGCCCGAACAGAUUACAGAGCCAUCCAGCUUGCCAAAAAGAAGAAAAAGCAGAAAGGAUCAGGAUGUAGUCCAGGUAAUCAUUCAAGAGGCCCCAGUUCUAGCCAGCGGAAAUGCAAAAGCGGUAAAGGGAGUUCGGCCACCGUGCCUGCAGCCAGUCCCAGCGGGCGUUUCAGCGAAGGUGUGGUGUCUCCCAGUGGCGGGCUGACGAUAAGAGACACGGCCACGGGGGCCCAGUAUGUUCAGAUCCAGCUCCUGCAGGAUGACCCUGCAGGCGAUGGAGACCUGGCGUUCCAGCUUAGCUCACAGACCUCUACUUCACACUCACAGCUCACUGUUGACCUUCCAGUCAACAUUCUGCAGGAACCACACACAUCAGCCGAAGAUGAUGCUGGCUCAGAUAAUUCACAGUUUACAGGAAGCACAAUAAAUUUACAAGAUCUUGAAUAAACCUUGGACAACAAAAACCAUCCUUUGCACUUUGAUUUCAGUUCUAAUGAGCGUGAUCAUGAAGUUUGUAUACAUAUGGGUCACAGCAGAAGCCUUGACAGCAUUAUUUACUUGUAGGACAAAGGAAACUGGUUAAAUCUUAUUUUUUUUUAAACAUUCUAUAGAAUGUCUUAAUGUAGUCCACCGUGCUGUUUAUCCAUUUUGGAUAUAUAUAAAAUCUAAGGAGGCUCUGGUUAUGUAGGUGCAUCACUAGUUUACAUUAUAGUGUUGUAAAUGUGUAAAAGCUUAUCUGCAUUAAAAACAUGCAGAAAGUUGUGCAAUAAGAUGCAUAACAGACAAUUAUAUUGAAUUAUAUACUGUAGUAUGUACUAUAUCAAUUGUCUGCCUUUACAAAGAAUUCUGCUUUACUAUAGGAAUUCAAAAUAUACCUUUACUCGAGGGAACAUGAACCUGAUGCCCAUAUAAAGUUUUAUAUGUAAAUGUUUUUAUCAGUUGAAAUUUUGUACUUAAAGAAGAUUUCAAAAUAUUGAAAUGUGUUUUUAGAUUUUUUUAAAUUCCUUAGUUAAGAUGGACUAUUGGAUAAAGUUGUUAAUGUCCUGAGAGACCAUUUUCAUUUCAGAAUCAUAUGACAGUCACAGAUUAAGUUGUUUUUUUUUGGCCAGUAUUUGAAACUGCAUUUUUUCUGCAGCAUAUUUUUAAGCUCCAGAAAU